AUGCAAGUGCCGGUUCUCGGCUGCACUUUACUCACGCUGUCAGAUCGUGAGGAAAGUACUGCCGAGAACCGGCAGUUGUCAGAGCGGGGAUCGGCACCGAUCAUCAGGGCACUUAUGAUCAGUGCCCUGAUGAUCGGUGCCCAGCAAUGCCACCCGCAAGUUCCGCCCACCUGUGCCCAGCAAUCACCCACCUGUGCCCAGCAGUGCACCCACCUGUGCCCAGCAGUGCACCCACCUGUGCCACUCUGCAGUGUCACACACCUGUGCCCAGAAGUGCCACCUACCUGUGCCCAGCAGUGCCACCCACCUGUGCCCACCCACCUGUGCCCACCAGUG